UCCAUCCCCACCCUCUCGCCCGGCGGCUGCUUCCCCAUCCCCUCUCCGUCCACGGCGGGGAGCGCCGGAUUCCGGCCGUAGUUCGGUGCAUCUUCCGUGUAGCAAUGACCCAGUUAACUGGUGCUUGGAUAUGAAGUCCUACCUAGCCAGCUGCACACAAAAGAACCGACUUAACUAAGGUGCAAUUACCAUCUCUGCAAGGAAAGCUCUAAGGAGAUUCUCUGUUCAUGCGAUCAGCAUAAAAUUUCCACCUCAGUUAGAUAGUCACCCAACUAGAUUGAGAUAUUAUGGAUUACAACGAAGCCUGCAAGGGAUCAUGUGAAUGCGAAAAGUGUGAGACUGGCAAGAUUGCAGAGGCAAACAUGGAAUUUUAUGGAUCUGAAGAAGAAGAAGGUGAGAUCAGAGAGGUACAUGAGCCACCUAGACGAGAAAGCCCUAUCCAGAAAGUCACACCUGCCAUUGUUGAACAGGAGCAGGUCUAUAUAAGGCAAUCAGCUUCACCACCAAGAGCUUCUCAUAAAGGAGAGAGUACAGGUACUGUGGUUUUGCAACAGCAAUCUAUGUAUGGAGCAAUCCACAAAGACAUGUCUGCAAGCAUUGUACACUCAUUUGUGCAAGAUGCAAUUGAAAAGGAGCAGGUCAAUAUGAGGCCAUCAACUUCACCUGAGAGAGGAUCCUACCAAGGAAGGAUCCCAUGUAUUGUUUUUGUGCAACAGUCGAAGUGUAGUGCAAUCCCAGAGGACAUGGCUGCAACUCCUAGCGCAUCUUCUCAAGGGGUGGUUGAAGAUGAGCCAUCAACUUCAGCUCAAAGAGUUUCCCAUAUUGGAGAGACUGCAAGUACUGCUGUUGUGCAACAAUCUAAGUAUACUGCAUCUGAGGGCCAGCAUGUUGAUAUGAGGCAGCAUAGAAUACGUGAGAGCCACCGUCCAAGUUUUUCACCAUCUGCGUGCAGUAGUGCAGAAGAAAGGCAUAAGAAAAGGCAGGAAGGAUGUUUUAGAUACUCUGAUUUCCGUUGGGUCUUGAAAAUGAUUGAGGAAGUUUGUUCAGAAAGGCUUAGGACACUAUUGUCACGACAAAAUAGAGAUCGAAAGAACCUCAAAAUUGCACAGAAAAAGUACGAGCUAGAAUUCUUCCAGAAGCAUAUGCAUUCUUAUAAAGUCCGCCUUGCUCAUGUUAUGCCAACAAUAAGUUACCGCAGAAUGAUGUUGCCGAAGCUACAUUUCAGUAUUUUGCGCAACAGAUUCCAUAAACAUAUGAAAUCUCAGCUGAUAAAAUUUGUGAAACAACAAAUACGUGACAGAAACAAGGAGAAUAGAAUAAAAGCGCGGUGGAUAUUUGAGGCCAAAGCUGGCUACCUUAAGAAAUUGUUCUAUGUGACUUCCUUGGCAUAUGGUAAAUUCAAGUUGGAGAAACUGAAAUGCCGUAUGACUGACUAUUUGGAUGGUGAAGAGCAUCUCAAGUAUUUCAACAUGCAAUCUCUAACUACCCAAAUUGAAGCAAUUGCUUCUAAUAAAGAAUCUGAAUCUAUCUUUACCAGCGAUGUUACUGAGCCCAUUCUAGAAAACUCACCAGCAUUGCUUGAAACAAAUGGACCUACAAAGCUCGGGUUUUCAGUCGGUGUAGCAGAAGAUAUGACCACCUUAGAAAGCAGGUCUUCUCUGUCCACCCGUGCUCCCACCAUGGAGUUUGGUGAGAAAAAUGGGACACAAACUUCAUUCUCGGCUGCAGCACAAAACCAGGGUGGAAAUUUGGAGAGACCCUAUGCUUGCCAGCUUGGCAUGAGUGCAGUACUAGAGCCUGCUAAGGCAGUGACAACAGGUAAGCCAAGUGAUGUUUCUGAGCCUAUUGAAGAACACUCACCAUUGCUGCUCGUAACAAAUGGAGCUACACAGCUUGAGUUUUCAGUCGAUGUAUCAGAAGAAAUGGUUACUUUAGAAAGCAGUUCUUCUCAGUUAACCGGUGCACCAGGAAUGGAGUUUGGUGAAAAUGUCGGGACACAAAUUGCCUUCUCAGAAGCAGCACAAACCGUGGGUGAAAACAUGGAGAGUCCCUGUGCUUCUCGGUGUGUCACGAGUUCAACAUCUGAGCUUACUGUCACAGUGAGCAAUGAUACAGAAAAUGCUGCCCAGAUUUCUAGAGAAAAACGAAGGCGCAUAAGUUCAGGCAAUGAUGUCUCAGAAGGUACAUGUUGCAUGUCACGGAGAAAAUUUGGUGAAAAAGAUGGGAUACAUAGCGCCUUAUCACCAGCAACACAAAAUGAGGGGAGAGACAUGGAGAGAUCCUGUGCUUCUGACUCUGACAAGGAUGCAACGCUAGAAUCUGCUAUGACAGAGAACACUGAUUCAGAAAAUACUCUGGAUGGUUCUAAUGAAAAGCAAACACGCAUAAGUUCAGGCAAUAAUGUUUCAGAAGUUCCAUCUUCUAGGUCACAGAUAAAAUUCAAGCCUACGUCGAACCCUUGCAGAACAACAUUGCAUCAAGAGGUAUUUUAG